AUGGACCUGUUGCGACGACAUCCGCAAACCUUCACUUAUCUAUGUCACGAUGACUUUUCACAGCAUAAUUCUGUACUUGUAUGGUUAGAUGAUUCAGAUGUUGAUAAAUAUUUUAAGAAAAGGACCGAACUACGUGAAAUUAUUCAUCACAUAGUAGUAUUUUCUUCGAUUAACAAUUGUAUCGAAUAUAUUUCAUCUAUCGAUACUGAACGGGUGUUUGUCAUUAUUACCGGGACAUAUGCAAAUGAAUUUGACAUUGAACAGUUUCAUGAACCAGCAAAUCAUCUUUUGUUCUACCUACUUACAAAGAAUCAAACUGACUAUAAAGAUCCGGUUCGUGGACAUUUUGUUGAUAUUAACUGUUUAAUAAAUAAAAUACGAGAAGAUUAUGAACUUUGUCUUUUCGAGGAUUCUAUUCCGGUUAUCAAUACAGAUGGUAAUUCAACUCGAAUAUUGAAUCCAAAUGAAAUUAAACUGAAAUGUUUACAAUUAUUAAUCAAUGUUCUUCGUAAAAUGCCUGCACCAUCAGUGCAUUCGUGUCAUAAAAUGCUUGAACACUGCAGAGUGUACUCUGUUGACAGACCUCGUGAACUACAAAAAGUUGACGAUUUUCAAACACAUUAUUCUUCAAAAUGUGCCAUAAAAUGGUUCACUCGAGACUGCUUUUUACAUCCUUUGAUAAGUGGAGCACUUCGAACGAAUAAUAUUGAUAUGAUAUUCGAUUUUGGAUUUAUUAUUGCUGACAUUGAUGAGCAGCUGUCUAAAGCGCCAUUAUUUAACUGUACGCCGUGCGGAGUAUUAGAGGUUUUUCGUGGUCAACUGAUGACCGCAGAUGAACUAAACGUAUUAGUGCGGCACAUUGGUGGGUAUAUUUCUAAUAAUACGUUUUUUUCAACAACCAUGUGCAGUGAAUCAGCUGUGCUAUUUGCUGGUGACUAUGACACUCGAAAUCCACUACUAGAAUCGGUUAUAUUCGAAAUUACUAUUAUUCCGGGAAACUCGGCUUUGAAUUCAUUUGCAAAAACCGCUGAUGCCAGUUUUUUUAACGACAAAGAUGAAAUUUUAUUUACCAUUGGUAAUGUAUUUAAAAUUGACGCAGUUGAACGAUUUAAUGAACGUUGGAUAAUUUAUCUUACACUAUGUGAUAAGAAAUUAGACGCAAUAAAAAAUUUAAACGAUCAAUUCGACAUUGCCAUGCUAGUGCUAAUGGAAAUUCUUCCUAAACUAUCACCUAGAACUGAUAGAAUAAAUGAAAAAAUGCUCGAAAGAAGUCGAUUUUACUAUUCACAUGAUCCUAUUGAAUUGGCUAAAAUUGAUCAAUUUGAGGCAACAUAUAAAUCUAAUAGUGCUUUAAGAUGGUAUACCAAAGACUCCUUUUUAUUUCGCUUAUUAAAUAUGGCACUUAGAAAUGAAAACGUUGACAUGAUACUUGAUUUUCGAUAUUUUAUCAUUGAUAUCUAUGAAGAACUAACAAAAGUUCACAUUGAUUAUAUUCGUAAUGUAAAAGAAUCAAUGUUAACUGUAUAUAGAGGACAACGCAUGCACCUAAAAGAAUUACAAAAACUGAGAUACAAUGUGGGUGGGUACAUGUCAACGAAUACAUUUUUCUCUGCUUCAUUAUCUAGUGAAGUUGCUCUUAUUUAUGCUGAACUGAGCGUAUCAGAUUCGAAGCUACGGUUUCAAUCCGUUUUAUUUGUGAUUGAUUAUGAUAUCAAACGAAUGUCAAAGCAUCCAUUUGCAAACAUUUCUCAUUUGACUAACAUAUUUGAUGAACAAGAAGUGAUAUUUCCGCCGAGUACUCAAUUUCGCAUUAACAAUGUAGGAAGACUUACUAAAACCGUUUGGCUUGUACAUCUAACACUAUGUUACUUAGAAGAGAGCGACGAAAUGAAAAUAAUGGAGAAAUAUUUAAACACGUUGCUGCAAGUGAUCGAGACCGGCAAUGCUUACUCCGUUAUAAAUUUAAAAUAUGCGAAAUGA